AUGUCCAAACGGGUAGAUUUCCUAUCGCAUUUGAUUGGCCGGCAACGAAUUCUUGGACUGGACGGGAGAGAUCAAGGUCCCGGUAGUGUUACUCGGUCCAAUUCACGUCUGACUGAUGUAAUGGUGCAGAUAUCCACACCAGGAAUGGCUGAUGCUUUGGAAUUUGGAGUCAAUGGAAGACGGAAUGGAUUGGAUGGUUAA